AUGUCUGUUUCACUGGAUAGUCGUUUACGGGAUGCUCUUCCGUCCAUAUUGACUAGGUCCCGUCACUCGGAGAUCUGGGGUGUGGAUUUGAAGCACGCAGAACGGCAAGUAUUAAAUGUUAUUUUGGACAAGUUCCUCCGUUGCCAUUCCGCGAUCCCAGCACUCCAAGUCCCCAGGGCAAGAGCGUCACUCGAGAAAUCCCUGGAAUGGCGACGCAUCUGUGACCCGAGAUCUCACCUUUCUGAGGCGGAACCCAUCCUUUCAGACUUAGAUUUGUGUCAUAUCACCUCACAUGGGGGCCAGUAUGUGUUGUGGGUUAGUAUUAAUGAGCCGGUGAUCAAGGGAUACUCGGCACUACAUCAUCUGGUAUCGUAUAGCAGGUUGGUGGACUUAGGGCUUGCCGUAAUGGAAAAGCUGUCUAUGAUUCUGCUGCAAUCGGUCGCUUGUACUCCUUCAUGCGGAUAUUCGGCAUCCUGUGUGGUCGACUUCAAAUUACACCCCAUUCGAAAUACCGAACAAAGUCAGCCGGCUUUCCAGGGGCAGCUCCGCAUGGCGCUCCAAGAAUUGGUGACGUCCAUCCGAUAUCACUAUCCCAAUAUCCUGGAAAAGGCAUACAUCAUCAAUCCCCGGGAUGAAUAUCUCGCGUCACUUGAUAUCGACGACACCCUCUUGAGAAACACGACACUAUUGAAGAAUCCAGAGAGUCUUGCUCAAUAUCUUGGCUCAUCUAUUCCACCACACUAUGGCGGUACCGGGGAGUCAUUGACGGAUUCUAAUCUUCUCUAUACCCACUGUCCCACAAUGGACACCACGGAGAAAAUCAGUCUGGAGACUCCAGAGAAGGACACAGCAGCAUCCACCGACACUGAGACUUCCGGGGUGCAAGACGAAAGCGCGGCUUCUUCUACCAUUCCCGCCUCCGGCGGCCCCGAGGAAGGAUUGGAAACAGAGGAGACCAAACUUCGCCUAAUCUACUCCGAUACCAUCGGACCUCCAUCGAUUAUACUAGAUCCAGACGACCUGGAGACAGCAGAAGACCUGUGCCCCGAUAAAAUGGGCGCGCGUCUCGCUUUUGCAGACUCAGAUACGAUCGUGAAAUUCGGCCAUAGCGUCCGCUUGGCCGAAGCCGAAGCGCUGCAUUUGGCAUGCACUCGUACGACCAUAGCAACACCACGACUUCUCAGCGCAUACAUCCUCGACGGUGUGGGAUACAUUUUGAUGUCGUACGAGCCGGGCGAGCCGCUAGAGCACUACUGGGACCGUGUGUCAAAGCCAGAGAAAGAUCGCGUCCUGAAACAGUUACGAGACUACGUGCACCAGAUGCAAGCUAUCCCAGGGGAUUUCAUUGGCGGCGCCGACAGAUCACGCUGUCGAGACGGAAUCUUUGAAGCCGGCUACGGUGACUACACCAAGUAUAGCUACGGCCCGUACUCAUCUGAGGAGAGUUUCAACGAGGGGAUCGUUCAGGCUCUGCGGGACCGGUUGCCUCCGAAAGUACUCAAGCAGGAAAACGACGUCGAAUCUCAUUUUUUCAACAGAGAAUACACGCUGUACCAGACGGUUCGAGGGCUCAAGAAUCACAAAAUCGUGUUUACACACGGAGACUUGCAUUCGGGGAAUAUCCUCGUUCGGGCCGACGGUACGGUUGUUCUGCUGGACUGGGGUCUAGCUGGCUUUUGGCCGGACUAUUGGGAAUUCUACCGUGCUAUGCAUAGUGCGCACUGGAGGGCCUCGUGGGAUCGCAUGAUUGAGAGGUUUAUCCCGCCUGCUUAUGUGGAGUAUAGUGUUAUUAGUAGGGUGUUUGCUAUUGCUUGGAACUGA